AUGGAGAAGAUUGAGUUGGUUUUCAUCCCCUUCUUUGGAAUAGGCCAUGUGAUUUCCAUGGUUGAAAUGGGAAAUCUUCUUCUGUCUCGAUACCCAAAUCUCUCAACUACUUUCCUCAUCAUCAAUAUGAAGGGCCGCCCCAACGUGGACGUUCCCUCUAUAAUCACCUCACUGUCCUCCGGCGAUAAUCACGACUCCGACUCCACCCGUAUUCGCUUUCUCCAAGUCAGUCGAGAAGAAGACGAUUCGAUGGUGGUGGAUCCUAAUGCCAUGUUCAAUUUAUCUGAUCUCUACAAUCCUAUUAUCAAGGAAACCGUUCAACAGGAAAUUAUAACCCGUCCCGGUUCGGGCCGGCUCGUGGGGUUCAUCCUGGACAUGUUCUGCGCUGGAAUGGUAGAUGUGGCCAAGGAGUUUAAAGUUCCUGGUUAUGUCUUUUUCGUGUCCGGUGCCUCAUUAAUCGGACUCAUGUGGCAUUUGCAGACCCUUCAAGAUGAGUAUGGCCAGAAUUUGGUUGAUUUAGAUGGCACCGACGUUGAACUAGAUGUGGCGGUUUUCAAGAACCGUUAUCCGGCGAAGGUCAUACCGCCGAAUGCAAUGGAUAAGGAAGGCGGCUCAAAGAUUUUUCUCCGACUCGCUAAGACGUUGAGAGAGGUAUUAUACUAUGAUUCUUUUUUGAAAUGGUGGAAUUAUUAA